UAUUGUAAUUUGAGAUGAAACCUUGUUGUACCAUUAGUCAUUACAAUUUGGCUUAGCACUAUAACGUUAUGUAUUCCGCCAAAACGCAGAUACUCCAGCAACUGGGUAUGAUCCGGUGUCUUCCGUCAGUGACACUGGGGAAAUCUUGUUGGAGAGAGCUUUCAUAUCCUAGCUGUGAAUUGAUACUAGUAUGCAAAGAGGUCUUCUAGUUGGAGAGUUGGUUGAGUAAAUGCUUUUGGGCGUAUCUUGUUUCCUGAAUGUCUAAUCUUCAUCGACGUAACGUUAUGUAUUAUAUGGCUAGCAAGUAAAAAAGCACUGGCUUCACCAUAGUCCUUCUGCUUGAUUGUUUUACCUUUUACCUUGUCUAUUUGCUCGCUUUACGCAACAGGGCGUCACGCUGUAAGAGGUCAUACGUGACAGGAAUGUCAAGAAUGGCGGGGAAUCUGCCUCACGGGCUGGACUUGGCCAACUGGAUGGGAGAUCUACCGCCCAAUCUGCGUGCCGCACCGCUCAAGAACCUCGCCAUUCCCGGCACUCAUGAUUCCGGGAGUUUCUACCAGGACAAGUCGUCUGGACUCUCGCCUGUUGGGCAAACUCUGUUGGAAAUCAUCAACGAGGAAACGAUAAAGAUCCUGGGGCUGACUGUGAAUGACGUGGUGAACAACUGGUCCGUUACCCAACAUGACAUCGGCUUCAGCGGGCAGCUCAACGUUGGUGUGCGGUACUUCGAUCUCCGUGUCGCCUGGAGAGAGAGUGACAACUCCCUCUACUUUGUACACGGACUGUAUGGCAGCAAAGUGGAGACUGCGAUGCAGGAGAUUGCCGACUGGCUCAACAACCAUCCGAAAGAGGUCGUACUGUUGGAUUUCAAUCAUUUCUACAACAUGAAUGAUUCCCAUCACAGGCAGUUGAGUGUCAUCCUGGAAGAAAAGUUCGGUUCAAAGCUGUGUCCUAAAACCAUAGUGUCGCAGGCUGCUGACACAACCCUGAUCAAGCUGUGGGAGAGUCGGCAUCAGGUGAUGGUGUUCUACAACAACAAUGGGAUUGCCGACCAUCACAACUACUUGUGGAGUGACUGGGAGUACGUUCACUCUCACAGUCCGACCACGUACGAGAGCGCAAAACUGAUUGCGUGGCUCGAAAAUGAAGGAGUUUGCGAUGAAUCCAAGUUCCACGUGUCUCAGGCCAUCCUCACGCCUGACGCGACAACCAUUGUUGGGAAUCUGGGCCACAGUCUGAAGAGCGUGCUGGCGACUCCUGCCAUGCCGGAGAUCCUGAAGUGGCUGAACGGAAAAAGAUCAUCAGGAUCCGGCAGCAAUGGUAUGAACAUCGUCAUCGCCGACUUUGUGGACCUUGAGUUCCUACUAGCUGUUAUCAAACUAAACUACACUUAG